UUAUAUUCUAAAAUAUAUAAAACCAUUAUUAUAUACUAAACGUACAAAUUUCAUUAAACAUUCUAUAAGUGUAGAAGAAAUGCUUAUGAUUUGUUUAAGAUAUUUAGCAACAAGCUGUAGAUACCCUACUUUGGCCUAUUCUUUCAAAAUAGGCAUAUCUACAGUCCAGAAAAUAAUUAGCACAACCUGCCAAGCUAUAUGGCAAACUUUGGUAGGUAAACAUAUGCCACCACCUACUUUAACUGACUUUGAGGAUAGCAAAGGAAUUGUGGAUGCUAAUGGAAAAUUCAUAACUGUCGAUGUUGGAAGUUAUGGGAGUGAAUCUGAUGGAGGUGUUUUUGCCAAUUCAAAAAUAUAUAAAAUGAUAGAAAAGGGAGACAUACAAUUACCUCCUUAUAAAAAAUUGUCGAAUUCAAGUCUCCUUUUCCCACAUUUUUUUGUGGCUGAUGAUGCCUAUCCUUUGAAGUCCUAUAUUUUAAAGCCUUAUAAAGGUAUCCUUACCCCUCAACAAGAGGCCUUUAAUUAUAGGAUAUCUCGUGCUAGGAUACAAGUCGAAUGUGCAUUUGGCAUCUUGAGAGCUAAAUGGAUGAUUUUUGAUUGUCCUUUGGACACAAAACUAUCACUAACUGAAUAUAUCAUAAAAACAUGCACAUUACUACAUAAUAUAAUUAUUGAUAAGGAAAGAUUUAUUUCUUUUAAUUCUAAAAUAAAAUCACCCCCUAAAAAAUUAUUUAAACCACAAUCCAUAAAAUCAGCAACAAGUAUUGCAAAGUUUAAUAGAAAUUUAUUAUGUUUAUAUUUAUAUAAAAAUCCCAUAUUAUAG